UAGUGCGGUUGCAUCGCAGCGCAUACACAAUGGCUGCCCGAAAGAGGAGAGAGCAAACAAUUUUCAGGCCCGCCGCGUCUGGCAAAAAAUAUGAGAAAAAAAUUAUAAAAAAUUCGGAAAAUAGUUGAAAGUCAAGAAAAAGUCCACAGAAAGGAUGUGGAAGCUCCCAGGGCACCUUGGUCCAGGCUGGGAUGACAACCUAAAGCUGGACGUUGGAGUUACAUCAGCAUUAUUCGGGCACCCUGCUCUUCAUGUAGCUGGUCUGCUUUAGGGUGCCAUGGCCACUGGAACAGAGAACCGCCAUGACCAUAUUCUGGAGAAAGCCAAGCUUUCACCAACAUCAGGGAAACGCAGGAGAGCAGAAGGGAAACCCAAGAAGAAUUUUCCUUGUCAGGAGUGUCAGAAGGCAUUCAACAGCCUGGAGAAGUUGAGGGUGCACUCGUACUCUCACACAGGGGAAAGGCCGUAUCGCUGCUCCCAUCCGGACUGCACCAAGGCUUUCGUCUCCAAAUACAAGCUGCUACGGCAUAUGGCAACUCACUCACCAGAAAAAAGCCACAAGUGUUCAUACUGUGAAAAAAUGUUUCACCGCAAGGAUCACUUAAAAAAUCACCUGCACACUCAUGAUCCACACAAGGAGGCCUUCACCUGUCAGGAGUGCGGAAAGAGCUACAACACCAAGCUGGGCUUUAAGCGCCACCUGGCCCUCCAUGCUGCACACAGCGGAGACCUGACCUGCCAAGUGUGCCUGCAGCUGUUCCCCAGCACUGUGGUUCUCCUGGAACACCUCAAAACACAUGCUGGCAAGCCAUCUGGAGGGACCAAAGAGAAGAAGCAUUGUUGUGAACAUUGUGAGCGUCAGUUUUACACCCGCAAAGAUGUGCGACGCCACAUGGUGGUGCACACUGGACGCAAGGAUUUCCUCUGUCAAUUCUGUGCUCAGCGCUUUGGUAGGAAGGAUCAUCUGACACGCCACAUGAAGAAGAGCCACACCAGGGAGCUGCUGAGGGUAAAAAGUGAACCAGCUGAUUUGCUGGAGACAGAUGUUUAUGAUUUGGCUACUGGAAGCAUCAAGGAUGAGCUUCCAGCAACAUUGACAACAAGAUCACUCCAGGUUAACAUGUUCACAAGCUCUGACCUGGACACACAGCCCUUUUCUUCCCCCAGUAAUCCCUUUUCUUUAAAGUACCCACUGAGCUCCAACUUUACCUCAUACACCAUCACCUCACAUGAGAGGGAGCAGAAUCUAAAGGGAGAACUGGAGACCUAUCUAAUGGAGUUGCAGAACACCUUGCCAUCCUCAUCCUCUGCAUCCGUAGAGCCUCAAAUCCCGUCCUCCAAACUCGACUUGUUACCUCAUGUAGGUAUGCUGGAGGAAGCAAGCGAGGAGGCAUCCCUCUCCAAAAUUUCCACGCCAGCAGCAGGUCCUGCAGCAGACUCUAUGGCCUCAUCUUCUUCACUUAUGGAUUUUUCUCAACUGUUCAACUUCUUGCCACACAACGGACCUCCAUACAAUCACGUAGGAAGUGGCGGGGGCAGCAUAGGACCAGCUGUCACCUUUCCUUCCACUGAAGAAUCAGUUCCUCUACUUCAGCUGCCCCCCCAGAUACCUGUGGGUGAAGAACCUGCAGAGAGUCCUCUCCAAGGACUCCCCUCCUCCUUCAUAUGUAGCCUGAGCACACCCACAACACUACCCCGGUUUCACCAAGCAUUUCAGUGAUGGAGUCUGUCCUGCCAAAUGCAGAGCCCCCACAGCUGAAACAGCCAAACAUGAUUCCAAUAAUUCUAGAUAGUCAGGUCAUUUGUUAAAAAGUGAAGAGACAAUUACAAAGCAGUAGGUGCAUGAUGACCAGGGCCAGCAGUUACAAACACACACAGGUUUAUAUGUAUCUGGCUUAUUCAACCUUAGCAGAUCUUCACCUUUAUUCCAGAUAAAUUACCCUGUUCUUUAUUUCUGGAAAUAUUUUCCUAAAGUCUUUUUCUUUCAUAUUUUCUAAGCUGCUCCAAAGACAGAAAUUACUUAAACAUCUAUGAGCUUCAAUGUUCCUCUUUAAUAGCAUGAUAGAAAGUGUCACUCAGCUUCAUGCUGAUUUAAUGAUUGUUGCAAUAAAUCAGCAAUAAGCAACUUAUUGUGAUAUGGAUAUAAUGAUAUAGGCAGCUCAUCUUUAACCAACACUGCCACCCCAUUGAAGAGUUUUUAUCUGGGACAUUUUCUCUAACUGCAGUAGUUCAGAUGAGUCACACACAGUUUACUUAGAACUUAAUAAUCAUUCCUAACUCUUUAUGGCAACAUAGACCCCUGCUUUAGCUUUAUACAUUGCCAUAAUGUAGAGUGCUACUUUAGAUUUUAGUGUUGCCAUAUUUUUAAAGCACAGUUCUGUAGUUUUGCAAGAAUUCAAACUCUAAUCAUUUUAACUGGGAAAACAUCUCCUAAUAUAUAAACUGUUUUGUUCAUGAAAUAGGUUGUAGACAUGACAGAAUGUAAUAAAAGGACACACUUUACUCAAUCUGAAUCACUGAAAGCAAAUUACCACGCUAGAACUACUGAGUAUCUAUUUAACUUUCCGACAAUAAGUAAAUCCACAAAACAAUAUACCGUAAUUGAAACUCCUAAAAUAUUGAGCUAAAAGUGAUCCAGCAACAAGGUUUGUGAGAGUCAGCAUUCAAUGAUUAGCAGUGAUAGGCUCCUUUCUUCAAUCCCAGUUAAUCACCCAACAAGAGGACCAAACUAUCUGUGGGCAAGGUACUGCAUCCCUCAUAUGCCUAUGGAUAUGUAAAUGGAAACUGACUUACUUAAAAUGAUUUUUUGGCCAAAUAUCAAAACUACGAGCUGUUUCUCAUAAAUCAAGUUGAAACGAUUUAAAUAACUCAACAAAACGAAUGGUUUCUCCACAUAAAAUGCCACUUUUGUUGUAAGUGACCCUUACAUUCACAGGGGUCAGGAAGUGACUAAAAUCCGCAAAUACUUGAGACCCUCUCUAAAAAUGCUUAUAACUGCCUUACAACUUUUAAUAGUUUAAAUACCAGAUAUACCUUAAUAUAUAGUGAUAAAUACAAUGGAAACUGUCUUAGCACUACUGCAGAACUAACAUCCUCUGUCUUUCUUGUUUCUACUCUUUGGGGUACAGCCCGUCAGCAUCAAGGAAAAUGAAUGGUGCCCCUUGAUUGGCUCCUUUGCAAAUGCCUGUAUGUCUUGUCGUAUUGCACAUAGGUAUUUCAGAUUCACAAGGUGUAUUUUCUUUCAAAUCAAUCUGAAGCCUGCAUACUUGAUUGCAUUGCUAAAAUCUGUGAUAAUGACAUUAAUUAUGACUAAGUCCAAAUUUUCUGGCUUCUUUUUUUUGUUUGUUUCUUUGCCAUUUCAUAUUCCCAACAGUUCUCAGUGAGCUUUGAAUCAACUACUCAAAAUCUAGAACCUCCAUGGACAUUAAGGACAGAGUUUAUCCUUCAGCUCAAAUAUAGAAUCUACAUGCAAAGAGUGAGUAUAUGAUACCUACAAUUGAGAGAUGCUUGAUGUAAGCAGACUUUUGCAAUAUUGCUCACGGAGGACCCCUGUUGAUUCAACGUUCAGUUUAUGGAGAUUCACCUAUUCACAGAUUUUUCUGUGAACCAUGUUACUCCAAAUGAUUUGCAAAUAUUUUUGGACAGCACAUCUAAAUUUCUAAAGGAAAUAUGGCUUGACAAGCAAAAAUUUGUAAGUGCAGCUCUACUUCACAUGCUAUUGGCUGGUGGUUGCAAAGCAGCCAAUUCAGUAGUUUCAUCAAUUUUCCGUGGCAAUGAUUGGCUGUAACCCCAAGAGUAGAGGUAGGGAAAACUGGGGACAGCAGCUGCUGAGGUAACGCUAAGACAGUUUUCAUUGCGUGUAUUAAUGUAUAUUAAGGUAUAAUUAUUGUCUGAAUGAGUAAAGUAGGCAGAUAUGGGGUUUUAGGAGGGUUCUUAAUUAUUUGUGGAUUUUAGCUAUUCACAGUUGGUUACAAUCCCUAACCGUGGUGUAUGCUGGGGGUCCACUGCACAUUGAUGUUCCAACAAAGAUUGCAAUUCCAUGUAUUGCAUUGGUAUAUAAAGAACUUUAUAUGCCAAUUAAAACUAAAGUUAUAAAGUUGACAUAAGUUUGGAGCACUUCCCAUUUAAUACAGAGGCUUCAGUUCUAUAAAUAAGGGCUCCUCCAAGAGUUUCUUUAAUAGAAGAAAACACUAAAACAUGGUUAUAGCUGAGAUGUUCAUCUGCUGCCCUGCAAAUGAACAUCUCAUGUGUGACAUGUGUGAUUCACAUGUCACUCAAAACCACCUUGUGAUCCACCUAACCCCAAAAUGGUCCCUUUACCAACACUGAUCAGGCAUAACUUUAUGAUCACCUGUCUAAUAUUUAAAUAUCUGACUAAACAUCCCAUCAGAGCUGAUUUUUAUGUAAUUAUUAUAACAUUAGUAUAUUAAUAUAUAAUGAUGUUUGAAAUAUAAUUAUAAUAUUUAUAGUGAUGAAGUUUCCUCUACAAUAAACAAUAGUUCUAUCUCUUGCAGUAUUUUUAGGAAAACACAGAAGGGACAUAAAAAGAGGGCCGUUGAGUUGAGACAUCCAUCAUAAUUCCUGUAUUUUUAAUUUAAGUCUGUCUUCUACAUCUUUAUAUGGAAAUCAUGUUCUCUUAUUUACUGACAGAUUGUAAAUCACAUUUAACACUGAUGCUUCAUUUCAACAUGCCAUUAGCAACUCUCAUUCAUCAUUGUGUUAAUCAAUGAAUGUCUGUAUUGUCAUUGGGCCAAAGCAGUACAACACAAUUCAGAAAUGCAACUCAAUGUGACAUUCAUGCUACAAUAAAAAUCGAAGUUAAUAAAAGUAGGUUAAAAUAUAAAUACUGUCCUUACAUCUAGUGUUGCUGUUUAUGUGGAGUUGGGUUCUGCUCACCUGGGAUCCCAGCCUUCUGGGACACGCUUUGGUUCUGUCCUGAUUCUUCUAGAGUCAAGAUAAUUGAUAUGGGAAAAAAUGUCUUUAAAGAUGAAAACCUCUUUAGAAAACUGAACAGAGCAUGGAAGGAGAUUUUAAUGUUCAGAUUCAAUCUUUAACAAGUCAAAGUAAGACCCAACCUGUUGAGGUUAAACAUCUGUCAGCUCCUGUUUCUUUUUCUGAGAUUAGGAAUAACUUUAGAUGUGUGAAGUCCACAUUUAUUUGCAUGGGGUCAAGUGCUAAGUAUAAAAAACAGAAUAAUAUAAAAUGUAUAGUUUUGCUAAUUUGCAAUUCAAGUCCCAAGAUGAGCCUUUCACAACCAGUCCUAGUUCCAAUCCUUCAAUUUCUUGACGUGGAACCAAUAAUUGCCUUGCAUUCAAAUGUAUCAUCUGCCAAAGUCACAGAUUUGGGAGUAGAAAAUACCAGGCGUUCUUUAUCCAGACAGCAGUUAGAUUUUUUUGACCCAUAUAAAUAUGGAGAGACUGUGGAUCAAUCAGGAGAGUAUUUGUCUUUUAUUGUGAAGGCUGAAAGUUACACUCCAAUUCAUGUUGAUGUAUUCUUGAGCUAGGCAAUUAACCAAAAGUCACCUACCAAUCUGUGUAUUGGUGUAAGAACAUCAGUGUUUGAGAGCAGCUUUGACAGGUUAAAAUAGUAAUAUAAAAGUUCAGUCCAUUUAAAGUUUCUCAUGGCAUAGAUCUCCCCUCUAAGGAUCCUGAUCUUGGUAACUGUUUCAUUUUCUGACGUUUUCUAUCUGUUCUGCUUUCCCAUAUUGUUUUGUCAUUAGAAACUAUGUGUUGUUAAAAUCCAUCAGCAUAUACGUUGGUCGCCAGGAGCUGCUGCUUUCACUGUCAGGUUACAGGUGAAGAACUCUCUCUUUUCCACUAGCUGUGGAGUCAUCCAAAAGUUCAAAAAAUAAGCAGACAUGAUUUGUGUGAGAGUGGUGAAAAAGACAAUUGUUCUUGUAUUGAUGCAUGAAUGACCUUAUCUGAUAAAUAUCUGGGGCAGCUGAGACUCUCUGUUGGAAAUAGAACCAUCUGAACAGGGAAUGGAGAUCAGGGUUCCCUCAAUGAACUGUUGUGUGGUUGAUCUGGAAAAACACCUGGUUUGGGUGAUGUGUGCUUUCUGUUGAGAUGCACAGAACUGACAUUUCAUUAGUGUCCAUCAUAGUGUUCUUUACCUCACAGCUUCAGUAUUCAAAUCAUGAACUCCAGUUUCUGUUUAACAUUAAGUUCCCUUGUAUUCCUUCCUGAAUAAGGUUUUUGUAGACCAUGUAAAAUGUAGAGUUGAAUGUUAUUGUGUCAAAGCAUUUAUCAGUGUGUGCUACCUGUAACUUGUGAAGAUUUUAUGAAAAAUGUUUUUGAUAAUUGCAGCACUUUGUGUUCAUGAAAUGCUUUUAAUCUUCCAGUGCUUUUGGUUUAAAUGCUUAAUACAAAUGUAUAAAUGAUAUAUUUACCUCUUUUAGAGAACAGUAAAAUGUAAAUACAUUAUAAAUGUUUUAUUUUUACAGUUUAACGUUUUGACAGUGUUUUUCCGAUAAGUGUACUUUUUGCUUUACUUGCACACAGUCUGUAUGCAGUUUGAAACGCAUACAUGUUAGUUGAAGUUAAUUAUUCAUACGCUCUUAUAGGCGAAGCCACGACAAACAAGAUUUAGUGAACAUUUUAACACCUAGAUAUACUGUAUCUUGCUCCAGCAUCUUUUAAUUCAAACUAAUGAUGCUUAAAAGAAGGUCUAUACAACCUGAGACAAACAAUACAUUCAAUUUUGCAUUGUCCUCAUUCAUCCAACAUUAAACUAAGCUAAAAUGCAGAAGCAGAUUUUAGACCUUAAGCCCAGUCUUUGAUUCAAUAACUUCAAAUAAUCAUCUCCUGUAUGACCUUAUCAGAGUUCUGUGUUAUUAUUAGAGAAGUAUUUUCACAGAACUAUUUAAGUUUAAUUGGUGCUCAUAAGAGAUUUCAUCAGACUGGGAUCUGGACAGGGGAUUGGCUACUUCAACAGCCUCAUUUUAUCCUUUAUCUGUUAUUCUGUUGUAGAUAUGAAUUGUCUUUUUGGAUGAGCUACUUGGGCCAAGCUUCAACUGGAAGCCACAUGGCCUUAACUCUGUCUUGAGAAUACAUUGUGAAUGGUACAGAGCAGGGCUGCGCAGUGGAGCAGCUGGUAGCACUGUUGCCUUGCAGCAAGAAGAUCCUGGCUUUCCCCUGUGCAUCCAUCAGUUUUCUCUGGGUAUCUUGGCUUCCUUCCAUAGUCCUAAAACAUGACCGCAUUGUUAAUUAGUCUCUGUAAAAUUGCCCUUAGAGAUGAGUGUGUGUGCAUGGUUGUUUGCCCUGUGAUGGCCUCCCAUGACCUCCCCACAGUAUACUCUGCCUCCCACCCAAUAACUAAAGACAAGUAGCCUAUCUGUUGGGUAUAGACCAUGGCUGGAUGGUGCCGAGCUGUUCAGGGUAAACUUAAAUGAGCUCAAUGUAUCCAGAACCUCUGGCUGUAAAAUCAGGACAAACCAUCACUUCCAUGCUCAACAGUGUAUACAAGGAGUUAAUGCAAAACAUUUUAGCCAAAUAGCUGUAGUAGCAUCCAACAGAAAUUUCUCAAGCUGGUUUGUUUGGAAUCUUAAUUUAAAAAGCAUGGUAAUUUGUAAGAUGUAGCUGUUGAAUGUUGUGACCUCAAGGUAAACUCUGAUCCAUGUUGCAUGUUAUUGCCAUUGUAUUGACACAAAUAUGUGUGCUACAGAGCAACUAACUGCCAACUGUUUUUCUGAUGUAAAUACUGUGAUGCAAGCAAUGAGGGUGAACUUAAUUUUUCACACCCGCCUUCUGCGUUUUGCUUUGGUUUUUAGUAAAUAAAUCAAUUGUGUGAGAUGAAUUUGUUAUUUGUCACUCGAGGUUGUAUUCGUUUUAAGACUUGGUUUGAACCAGAUGAUUUAGGUAUGGUCUAUCGGCAUCCUUUGAAUUAAGGAAGGGUAUACUUACUUUUUCUGACACAAUUUCUGAGAUUGUGACAACAGAUUAGUUUGGUUUUGUUUUCAUAAAUGUGUUAAUUUUUAGAUGAACCCAAAUAUUUAACAGUAGAACUUGUAUGUUAUCUAGAAUCCAAGGAUUUUAAAUGAGAUGGUUGAAGAAAACAUAAAAACAAACAAAAGGCCUUACUGAUUUUCUCAAAUAGUUAAAACUCUCAAGCUAUGUUCAAUUUUCUUUCUGAAAAAAAAAAUUCUUUCUCUGGAGAUAGAAGGCCACCAGUAAAAGGCAGACUGUAGGUCAUUUGAUGUUAGACAAAUUUCUAAGCUCCAGCAGUACCAGUGAUCUAUAUUGAAUGUGUACGUAAGAAACACUGCAAUACUGCAAAAAUAUUAUGGUAUUGGAACAAGCUGCUAUAAUAUGUCUAAAGCUCCGUAAGGUGCUACAGACCUUUCUCUUAAAUGUAUUGUUUGUACAUGUAUCCAGCUUAGCUGAAAAGCUGCCAUGUGUGCCUGCUUCUACCUUAUAUACAUAUUUUUGUUGUACUGUGAGUCUUUGUUCUUCUGUUCAUACAUGCUUGUAAUUACAUGGUCCCAGUAUACCGCUGCACACAACACCACCACAUGUAAAGAUUUUGAAAGAAAGAGAAGAAAGAUGGGAACAUGCAGAGUAUGUGCUGAUCCUCAAACGUUUUUGCAUGGUAUUCAAAGUGAGUUGAGAGAUAAACCUCAUCAGACGUGUUGGGUUUGCUGCUUGUUGUUUCAGCAUUUUCACCCACAUUGUCUAUAGCAAAGUCAGAGCACAAUCUCUACAAGCUCCUACACAUUUUCCCAAACUACUGUCAUAUUUUAUACAUAUAGGCAAAAUAAAUCAUACAUUUAAGUACAAAUACAUACAUAGAUGAUGAAAAAUCAAUGCUGCAGCUUUUAACAACUGUUUUUUUUUCCUUCUUUGUCUUUUUAAACAUUGUCAUUAUCCAAAGAAAGUUUAUUUAUUGGUUGGCAAAAUAACCAGACUUCAUUCACAUACAAUGCUGCUAUGAAAGAGGAGAGUUGCAUUUGUCAACUCUCGUGUUUUUACUCAGUGUAAUGAAAGUUCAAUAAAGUUAAGGAAAAGAAUCCA